GUCCCAAAAUAUUCAAUCACUAUUCGAAAACUCAACAUCCAAAGCAAUAACGCCCAAGCAAAAUGAGAUUCUCUGCUCUUGGAACAGCUUUUAGCUUCAUCCUUUUCAGUCCGAGCAUUGGAAUUGUGGUCAGAUAUUGUAAUGGCCUGGAUAUGGCAGGGAUUUGCUUCGAAGUUGACCUUGCUGCUGGUGCUUGUAGAAAUGUUGACUUAAGCGUGAAUGAUCAAACACACUCCGCUACAAUUAGUGGUGGAAACUGUGUUUUUUGGGAAAACGCAAAUUGUGGCGGUGAUCAUACGAACCAAAUAGACGGUAGAACAGAAGAUUUUAAUAAUAUCUGUGGCGGAGGUUGGCAAAAGCGAAUCUCAUCUUUCAAAUGCUGUGAUGGAAAUGUAGCCAAUACUUGGUGUGCUGGGAGUCGUCCCAGCUGCACUUAGGAGGGCUUCAGAAUCUCAAUCUCUCAAGAUCUAGUCGUUUAAACUUGCAUCUUUUGUUCCGUUAUAUUCAGAAUAUUCCAUGGCAACAUUUUGAUUAUUAGCUACGUUGGCUUUAGCGAACA